ACAGAGUCCCGGACCAGGAUCAAUCCGUUCUCCGUCACUGGCAGAGGAGGAUAAUGCAAGUCACAAGAAGCGCGGGAAGCUGGCUAAUUAAGGUCCGCGGAUGAUUCGUCAGCCCCUUGUGAAGAAGGUUCGGACAACUGGCUCAGAAUCCCUUCGUGGGUUCUCCUUACCCACACGAGAUACAGCUCGAGAUGUCAGCUUCGCGGCCCGGCCGAGGCCUCGGAGUCGGAGGCUUAGGGGACUUUGCCCCCGAGCCCUCAGCCAUCCGGAAGCGAAGAGUUAAUCCAGCAGGCAGCAAGCUCGCCGCCGCGCCGCUAGGGGGCGACGCCCCGCACUCCGGCGAUCACGUGGUGCCGAGGGCGGAACCAAGCACCAGACUGGCCAAUAGGAACCGGGAGCGGGGUCCCGGGACUAGAAGAAACGGCGGCCGGGAGGGUGCUACGAGAUCAUGGGGCUUCUGACCAUUCUGAAGAAGAUGAAGCAGAAAGAACGAGAGCUGCGGCUGCUCAUGCUUGGCUUGGACAAUGCUGGCAAAACAACCAUCCUUAAGAAGUUCAACGGGGAAGAUGUGGAUACCAUCUCCCCAACGCUGGGCUUCAACAUCAAAACCCUAGAGCACCGGGGAUUCAAACUGAACAUCUGGGAUGUGGGUGGCCAGAAGUCUCUGCGCUCCUACUGGCGGAACUACUUUGAGAGCACAGAUGGCCUCAUCUGGGUGGUGGACAGUGCCGACCGCCAGCGCAUGCAGGACUGUCAGCGUGAGCUGCAGAGCCUGCUGGUGGAGGAGGUGCGCCCUGGGCUUCUGCCUGCAGCGUGUGCAGUGAUUCGCCAGGAUAGUGAAGCGGCGCCUGGCUGGAGCGACCCUCCUCAUCUUUGCAAACAAGCAGGACCUGCCUGGAGCACUGUCCUCUAAUGCUAUUCAGGAGGCCCUGGACCUGGCCUCCAUCCGCAGCCACCACUGGCGCAUCCAGGGCUGCAGUGCCGUCACCGGGGAGGACCUGCUGCCUGGUAUCGACUGGCUCCUUGAUGACAUUUCCAGUCGUGUCUUUACUGCCGACUGAGCUUCUCCAGUGUCCCCAGCUCACUGUCCAGGCCCCUACCCUCAUCAGAUGCCAGCCUGGGGGGACAGGCACCAACCGGCCAGACUAACACUCCCAACCCUGCCGUGAUCUGCUGCUGCUACUGCUGCUCCCCCGACCCCCAGGUGAAGGCUGUCACCCUGGCUCCCAGAGUGGCCUGCAGCUGCCAUGCCAAAAGGAAAGGCUGGACUGGGAGGGACUACUUGCUGCUACCAAGGUCCUUGGUGUCGCCUCUGUCCAGCAGUGAGAAUAAAGCACUCCUUUCCCA